AUGUCCUCAGCAUCCUCGAUAACCUACACUUUCACCUUGUUCUCUCUCCUUUCCUUAUUACCUUCUUUGGUCCUUGCCGCACCAGAUAACGAUGUCACAUAUCAAAUAUCGUCCAACUCUUUUUCCAACAAGUGUCUGGCCACACAGGGAGAUUGGAAUGGUGCGAAGGUAGUAUUGAAAGAUUGCGAUGAAGAUGAUACUACUUGGAAAUGGACUGGUUCCCAUUUACAAAAUACCGCUACCAACCGGUGUAUCGAUAUCCCUGACGGUGGAUGGUGGAAUGGAAACAAACCUCAAGUAUGGGAUUGUUUUUCAUACAAUACCAAUCAACAGUACGCCGUCAGUGGAAACAAUAUAAAAUGGAAUGACUGGUUCUGUCUCGAUAUUACCGAUGGUAAAUCCGAUGAUGGUACCCUUAUCCAGCUUUGGCAAUGCUACAACGGAAAUACCAAUCAGCAAUGGACUUUCACAGAAGUGGAAGAAGUUGAAGAUGGUGCGGAUGACGAAGAUUGUUCGAGUGUCACCGUCACUGCUACCGCAACCGCUGUUGCUACUGCCUCUGCUAUCACGUCCGAUACUCCUACUGCAAUUUCCACCAGUACGAUUGGUGGUGGGCUCUGGGCUGGUUCACCUUCCGCCAAUGCUUCUGCUACCGCUUCGUCUACAUGGGGAACUGCCUCUGUCACCGAGACCGCUUCAUCUUGGUCAUCUGUCAACAACACCGCUGCUAUCACUGCUACCGCUACUGCUACCUCAUCAUACUGGUCAGCCUCUGCCAACGGCACCGCCUCUGCCACCUCGUCUGCUAGCACCUCCGUUUCCACCGGAUCCGUUUCUUCUGGUUAUCUCCAGACGAGCGGAUCUAAGAUUGUCGACAGCGACGGAAACGAAGUCGUGCUCCGAGGUACCAACAUCGGUGGAUGGUUAGUAUGGGAAGAUUGGAUGUGUGGUAUUACCGAUUCGACCAACCCUGAUCGAUUCCCUCUCAACACACUCGAGAGCCGAUUCGGUACCGACAAAGCUAACACCCUCUGGGAAGCAUGGAUCAAUAACUGGUUGACCUCGGAUGAUUUCGACAACAUUGCCAACAUUGGUUUCAACGUUAUUAGACUUCCUUUCGGUUUCAGAAACCUUUACGAUGCCAGUGGUAACUGGAGAGAUGAUGCUUUCACUCAUCUCGAUUGGGCCGUCGCUCAAGCCAAGCAAAGAGGUAUCUACGUCAUUUUGGACUUCCACAUUUGGGCCGGUCAACAAGCUUCGUACUCUGCUAUCUCGGAAAACACUGAUGAUGGUCAAAGUCAAAGAGAUGCCGCCGGUGAAAUCUGGAAGAAGGUUGCCACCCACUACCUCGGUGAAUCGAUCAUUGCCGCCUUUGAUGUUAUCAACGAACCUACCGGAUCAUGGGGUAACAACCUCCAACAAGACUUGUACAAUGCCGUUCGAUCCGUUGAUGCCAACAGAAUCAUCAUUCACGAAUCCAUCUCAACUGACCCAAGCACAUACGGUUGGACCAACGUCGUCUACUCAUUCCACGAAUACCUCAUGAUGGGAUCCGACUACAGCUCCAAUGUCCAACAAUACGCUGAAAGUGUACAGGCUUACGUCGACAAAUGGACCAGUUACGGUAUCCCCAGUAUGCUCGGUGAAUUCAUGGCUGAUGGCGAGACCCUCUCUUACAUCUUGAACCAAGCGAACAAAUACAACUUGUCCUGGUUAUCUUGGGCUCACUCUACCGUCAACAUGGGUCGAUGGGGAUUAUGGAACCACCAAGGAUUCUAUGUUGAUGUAUCCUCCGACUCAUACGAUACCAUCUUGAGUUCAUGGUCCAACAUGCCUUCAAAGCAACAAUCCACCAUCAUCUACGACCAAUUUAAGGCUGGUGCGACCGGGUCCACUUCCGUCUCCCAGAGGAAGAGAGAUGUACCUCCUACCAAGAGAUUAACUGCCAGACACGGUGGUAGAUCUAGAAGAUCGAACUUGCCUGGUGCUCACGGUAUCCAAGGUAUUUCUUUUUAA